AUGCAAUAUAUAAAAAAUCAAUUACCUCUGAUCAUUUCGGGUAAUAAUUUAUUUCCAUUUAGUAAUUAAAAGCUUAGAUAUCUUUGGGUAAUCCAUAACUCUGAACAUUAACAAACAAAAAGCAUAUAAAACAGCUUUUGGUGGUAUUUCAUCAAUCUGUCUCAUCUUCAUUUUGAUUACUAUAUUUCAAUCCAAUAUUGUUGAUUUCUUCAAAAAAACAGACGUUGUUUUCUCUACCAAAACUGAGUUUGACCCAGACCCUGCCCAAAUCAAAAUGAACAUCUAAAAUUAUAUGGUAGCAUUUUCAAUUGAAUAAAUCAAUUUCGUCACCAACCCGAUGUUCAAUAUAACAAUCGAAUAGAGGUAAUGAGUUAAUUCCAUAUUGAAUUAGAAAUUAUUCCAGAGACUAAUUCGGCAAACAAAUUAAAUAAAUCCAGUACUUACAAUUAGAGCCAUGCACAUUAGAUCAUUUCGAAUUUCUGCUUAAUUAACCUGACUCUGAUUUUGAAUCACAAUAUAAUCAACUUGAAUUAAAUGAUUGGCUUUGUCCUUAGUAAUAAUUGUUAUAUUUUCAGGAAGGACUUUUAAUUCACUUUAGAAGGAACCUAUACUAGCACAAUAUUUGAUUUUAUCAGAGUUGUGGUCAGUGAUUGUGAUGAUUCCAAAAAGGGGUAUAAUAAUUGGAACCCUAAAUGUGCUACAUAAUCUGAGAAAGAGAAACAUCUAAAUGAAUAAGGACAAUUUAAAUUGUAAAUCUAUUAAGUGAACUCUGUUGUCAAUCCCAAAGCUCCUGAACAAUACUAUUAAUCUUAUCUUGAUGGGGAAAUGUACUUUACCUUCGUUCCUUAGAAAUUAUCAAGACAAACCAAUCUGUAUUAUAGAAAAUAUUAGUUUUAAAAUGAUGGCUCGUUGAUGCCAUUCUUCUAGUAUUUACAUAGAGUUGAUUAUUUAGGUCAAUAAAUGAAAACGAAUUGAUUGUCAGAUAGAGUGUGGAUUACAGAGACUUAACAGAACUUGGAAGGGAUACAGAUCAAAAUUAUGCAAUUGUUUAUCUCAGGAGAAGUCAAUUCUCAGAAUAUGUUAAUAGAAGAUAUAUGAAAAUCGAUGAACUAUUGGCAUUUCUAGGAGGCUUUUUAUAAAUAAUGAUAACUGGCUUUGGAAUAUUCAUAAUGUAUUAUAAUAAAUUGCAAUGUAAGUAUAACCAUUUAUGAUUAUAUCUAUUAGUGUAAAUAGAAUUAUCUAAUAAAUUUUAUAAUUUCUCUAGAGGAUUUAAUAAAACUGCCACCCUUAGAAAAUCGGCAAAGUAGAGUGGUAAUGGAUCAAUAAAAAAUGAUUCCAAAAUAGGUAUUAAACAACCUCCGGAGGUAAAAAAAGAUGUCACAUUGAUGAAUGAUAAAGAAGAAAUCAGUAUUACUCAAUAAAUCUUAAAUUUAUUUGAGAAAUCUACUAAAUUAAGAUUAACUCCCAAAUCAUUGAUAAACUAUUUAUCCUUUGGAUACUUAUUGAAUGAUUAAGACACAAAGAUCUUUAACAAAGCAAUGUAAUUCUUUACUCUUAUUUAUUUAGGGUAAGGGUAGACUAAAGUUUAGACAUUUAAGAAAUACUGUAUUAGUUGUAAGAAAUAAAUAAAUUGAAAACGUUGAUGCUUAAGAAACAGUAAAUUAUACUAUUUAAUUUCACUUAAAAACCGAAUUUGACAUUGGAAGAGGAAGAAUAACUCCCUAGUAGACUGUUGAUUGAAUAGCAUUUAAUAGAUGAUGAUAAAGAAGAAUUCAAUAAAGAUUUCAUCAUAAAUGAUCUUUACAAAGCUUGGCAAGACAUAGGUUCUGAUAAUGGUUAAAAUGCUUGCCAAUCUGAAUUAAAUUAGAAAUUAAAUCAAGAAUUAGGUGUAGAAAUUCAAAAAGUGUUCAAUGAUUAUGUGAAGGCAUAAAAUGAUUUGAAUAUUUAAAAACUAGAAGAAAAACAACACCUUAAACAGUAAGUAGAAUGAAGAAUGAUAAUCUAAGUAUAGAAUCAUGAUAUAUUGAUUAAAAU